CCAAAUAAUCUCUUCCUCUCUCUCAGCUCUCAAACAUCCCCUCUCUCGCCCCAAUCCAAUCGCGCGGGCGCGACGCCUCUCCUCCUCACCAAAACCUAACCCUGACCUAGGGUUCCAUCGGCGGCUGCGGGAACCAUGGCGGGCGACGGCAGCGAUGCCUUCGCGGACGAGGCGGAGUCCACGGUCACCAUCGGCGAGUACAUCGAGGGCAUCGAGGCCGAGGAGCUGGAGGCGGAUUUGGUGCUGGGCGGGGACGACGGCAAGGAGUGCACCUACGGCGACGGCUACCUCAAACGCCAGGCCGUCUUCUCAUGCCUCACCUGCGUGCCCGAUGGUGUCGCUGGGGUCUGCACCGCCUGUAGCCUCGCCUGCCACGACGGACAUGAGGUUGUUGAACUUUGGACAAAGCGAAAGUUUCGUUGUGACUGUGGCAACUCUAAGUUUGGUGGUCACCUUUGCAAACUUUGCCCUGAGAAAGAUUCUGAGAAUCCAGCGAAUUCUUAUAACCAUAACUUCAAAGGUUCCUACUGCACAUGUGGUAGGCCUUAUCCUGAUCCAGAAGCCAAGGAGCAAAUUGAAAUGAUGCAAUGCUGUCUUUGUGAGGACUGGUUUCAUGAGAAUCACAUUGGUCUAAACUCUGUUGAAGAGAUACCACGAGAUGAGGAAGGAGAGCCGCUCUACGAGGAUUUUAUAUGCCAUAAAUGCUCACCUGUUUGCUAUUUCUUGAAAUUGUAUCCAGAUACUAUUUGGGCUUCAAGUACGCAGAAUUCUACAUCACAAGCUGAUAAAAAUGAUUCAAAUGUGACAGAAGGACCUUUGGGUCAUUCUAAUGUUGAGAAACAUGAAAAUGGUGCCAUUCUUGAUCAUAUGGGUAUUGAAAAGACCACUAUAGAGGAUAAUUGCACAAAGGAUGUCACUGUUCCUGAGAAGGCCAAUUUGGACAGUUCUGGUAGAGACUGCAAGAUAGGAAUGGAUAUAAAUACGAAGUCAGUUGACUCUGAGAAAAGUAUGCCCUUUUUCAUGUCUAAAGGCUGGAGAGAUACUCUAUGUAGAUGCAAAACAUGCACCAACUUCUACACAGAACAAGGUAUUGCAUAUCUUAUUGACAAGGAGGACUCUAUUGAUGAAUAUGAGAAGAUUGCCAAACAGAAGAGGGAGAAGAAAUUGGAGCAACAGGAAGGAGCUGAAACAAACUUUCUCAAUUCACUUAACCAUGUUCAGAAAAUAGAGAUCUUGAGUGGCAUUAAUGACAUGAAGAAUGAGUUUCAGUCCUUUCUGGAAUCUUUUGAUUCGUCAAAACCGGUCACAUCUGAAGAUAUACGAGCUGUCUUCGAGAAUCUUACUAAGAAGAAACAGAGGUUAUCUUAAACUUGUAUUGCUUGAGAUCCUGCCAGAGGCAAAUGCUCCUCCACUGUACAUUGGACCUUGAGUUCUUAUCUGGGUGCUAGUGGACUUCCUAGUAAUGUUAUGUGCUAGUGGGAACAGUAAUGCUCUGUCACAGUAGUUGCCGAUGGCCCAGCACAGAGAACAAAUUCCAUGAAUCUGAAUGCUGUUAGAUGGUAAUUUACAUAAACACAAAAUUGUGCUAUCGCUGUAAUUUUUCUUUACAAGUCACUUGUAGCUAUAGUGGUGUUGCUAGUUCUACAAGGUUACUAUAUGUGAUCGAGCACGGCGUUCUAUAUAUGACUGAAUUGCCAUCUGACUCACCGUGGAGGCUAAAGGGGGCCAUGAGCCCUCAUCCUCUUGAAAAGAAAUUCUCAGGCUUGUAAUUCUACCAUUGCAAAGCACAAAAUUGAGCA